UCCCCAUCUGCUGCUUGCGUCUCCCUUGCCCAGUGCUGUGAGCGGCUCCUGUGUGUGAGGCGUCGAGGAAGGAAGGAAGACGGAGAAGAGGGACUAGGGAGGAAGAGACUGAGAAAUGAGAGCAAGCUCCGGCGCUUCCGACUCCAGGCAGUCCCCGGGCACCUUGGCUGUGUGAGCGCCGAGCCGGCUCCUCAUUGCACGGAAGCAGUCUCAGUUCGUGGCUUGCAGAACUCGCGGCGGCAGCAUGAGCGCGGAGGGAUACCAGUACCGGGCCCUGUUCCCGUACAAAAAGGAGAGGGAAGAGGACAUGGAGCUGCGGGUGGGGGACAUCCUCACCGUUAACAGGGGCUCCCUGCUGGCCCUGGGCUGUGGGGAGGGCAACGAGGCCAGACCGGAGCACAUCGGCUGGCUGAACGGAUUCAACGAGAACACGGGAGAGAGGGGCGACUUUCCGGGCACUUACGUGGAGUAUAUCGGGCGGAAGAAGAUCAGCCCUCCGACACCUAAACCCCGACCACCGAGACCCCUGCCUGUGGCCCCCGGGACGUCCCGAGAGGCGGGGGCCGAAGCGCAGGCUUUCAUGCUCCUGGAUCUGACGGAACAGUUCUCACCACCAGAGACUGCCCCAGCAGUCCUUAUCAAGCUCAUAGAGACCAUUGAAAGAAAAGGCUUGGAAUCCACCACGUUAUAUCGAUCCCAGAGUGGCAUCAGCGUGGCAGAGCUCCGUCAGAUCCUUGAUUAUGAUACUGCAGCGGCCGAUUUUGAACAUUUGGACUUACCAGCUCUGGGUGAUGCUGUGAAGAGAUACCUGAUAGAUCUCCCUAGCCCCGUCAUUCCAGCCACCACCUACAAUGAAAUGCUCUCUGCUGUGAAAGAAUCCUUAACCUCGGAUGACUACGCUCAGCUGCUGAGGAAGAUCAUCCAGUCGGCGAAUGUGCCCCAACAGUACUGGCUGACGCUCCAGUAUAUGCUGAAGCAUUUCUUUACACUUUGUCAGAGUUCCAGCAAGAACUUACUGAAUGCAAAGCUACUGUCGGAAAUCUUCAGCCCGCUUCUCUUCAGAAACCAGCUCGGAAGUUCAGACAGCCCAGAAUACAGCACUCAGAUUCUGGAAGUUCUUAUUGCCAGUGAAUGGAACGAGCAGCAAGCAGCGCCAGCACUGCCUCCAAAACCUCCCAAAUCCACCACUGCUGUAACCAACAACGGUACUAAUCACAGUAUGUCUCUGCAAGAUGCUGAAUGGUACUGGGGCGAUAUCUCAAGGGAGGAAGUAAACGAGAAACUUCGUGAUACCACUGAUGGUACCUUCUUGGUACGAGAUGCAUCUACAAAAAUGCAUGGGGACUACACACUUACACUAAGGAAAGGGGGAAAUAACAAACUCAUUAAAAUAUUUCAUCGAGAUGGAAAAUAUGGUUUCUCUGACCCAUUAACUUUCAACUCUGUGGUCGAGCUGAUCAUCCACUACCGGAAUGAGUCUUUGGCCCAGUACAAUCCAAAACUAGAUGUUAAGCUCUUGUAUCCAGUAUCCAGGUUCCAACAGGAUCAAGUAGUGAAAGAAGACAGCAUUGAAGCUGUUGGAAAGAAGUUGCACGAGUAUAAUCUCCAGUUCCAAGAAAAGAACCAGGAGUAUGAUAGAUUGUAUGAAGAUUAUACCAGGACUUCUCAGGAAAUCCAAAUGAAAAGAACAGCCAUUGAAGCUUUUAAUGAAACCAUUAAGAUCUUUGAAGAGCAAUGUCAAACCCAGGAGAAGUAUAGUAAGGAGUACAUCGAGAAGUUCAGGCGGGAAGGAAACGAGAAGGAAAUACAGAGAAUUCUUCAUAACUAUGAAAAAUUAAAAUCUCGAAUCAGCGAGAUCGUUGACAGUAAACGAAGGUUGGAAGAAGACCUCAAGAAGCAGGCUGCUGAAUACCGGGAGAUUGACAAACGUAUGAAUAGUAUUAAACCGGAUUUGAUACAGCUGAGGAAGACCAGAGAUCAGUACUUACUGUGGUUGACACAAAAAGGAGUAAGACAGAAGAAGUUGAACGAGUGGCUGGGCACAGAGAACACAGAAGAUCAGUACUCUACAGUGGAAGAUGAGGAUUUACCUCACCACGAUGAAAGGACGUGGAAUGUAGGGAAUAUUAACAGAAUUCAAGCCGAGAGCCUGUUACGUGGAAAGCGAGAUGGAACAUUCCUUGUACGGGAGAGCAGCAAGCAAGGGUGCUACGCCUGCUCUGUAGUAGCGGAUGGUGAGGUGAAGCACUGCGUCAUCAACAAAACCCUUACCGGCUAUGGAUUUGCAGAACCAUACAACUUAUAUAGCUCUCUGAAAGAACUGGUGCUACAUUACCAACACACGUCACUUGUACAGCACAAUGACUCUCUCAACGUCACACUAGCAUACCCAGUAUACGCACAGCAGAGGCGAUGAGCACCUAAAAAACUCUGGAGUCUAUUCUCGCGUCGACAAAGUUGAUGCCAGUUUCGGCAAGGAAAAUAAAAAAUCCUAAAGCUCCCUCGUCCGCCUACUUCACAAGAUUGAGCUGCAGUAUCAAAGCUACCUUCAGAUGAGACAAGAGCUUUCUUUCGCCAUGGAAGCAGGAGAUGAGUGUUAAGCUGUGAAUGUAUGUUUCUAAGCUAAUGUGCUUGCUUUGUAAGAUCAAGAAGCACAGCAACAGAAAGAUAUGCUAUUAUAAGCCUAUCUCCCGGCCUGCAGGUACUUCGAGGCCUUCACCAUGGUGCUUGUUUACGUUCUAUUGAAGCUUUACCAGCUUGAAUGUUGGUCACCGCAGAUCCAAGAAGCCAAGGUGUCUUUUUGCUAGAACAGUACUGUUGUUUUCUUCAAUUUUUUUUAUUUUUUUUUCGUGAGGGGGAAAAUAGUUUCCAGGACAACCUUUCAAGGACCAGUGACAUAUUGCUAAGUGGAUCUACCCACACAGCCUUGUGGAUUGUCUCACUUUCCAGAAAAAAAAUGUAGCAGAACGGCACUUAGGGAGAAAUUUGGCUAAAUGGAACCUUUAUGAAUUUGCUUCAACCCUAGCAAAGUGCCAGGAAGUGUUUUAUUAAGACUUUAUCAUGAAAAGAAACGAAUUCUGUUAAGAGAACCUAUUUAAUAUGGACGAUGACAGGAUGGGAACUGAUAAACAGUAUAUAUAUAUAAAUAUAUAUGUACAUAGCAAUGAGGACAAGCUCUCAAAAAGAAAACUAUCAAUACCAAACUGUCUUUUUAUUUUGCUGACUGCUGAAUCCUUAAUGCUAUGCAACAUCCGUUUUCUUUAAAGCUGUUUGUUUUUUUUUUGUUUUUUUUUAUACGUACCAAUAACAUACCUUUUCUGUCCAUGAAAUGUUACCUUUUUUUUUUGUUUGUUCUUUUGUGUUUGAUAUGUGCAGUACGUUUGGGGUAGAAGCGGGCGGUAAUAGCCGAGGUGAAGAGAAUCACGGGAAUUUAAAGAGCUAUUUUACCAUAAACCUUGUAUAGAGUAACUUGGCUUUAUGCCCAAGAUUAAAGAAGAGACUUAAUUCAAAAUUCAUUACAUAUAUUUGAUUAAUGCAUUGUUGGGCAGUGCCUAAUGAGCUUCAAAGCUGCUUUUUCUUUUUUUUUUCUUUUUUAAGAAAACAAAGAAAAUAAAACCUUUAAAAGAUAUAUAAAUAUAUAAACCUAAUAAAUCAGAGUUUUGACAGUGUUUUAUUAUGGUUUGUUUCUGAUUAUGGUACUUGGCGAUAUGCUUUUUGGGCCUUCUUGCCCUCUGUCCUUACAAAACCCCAUCAUUUCAAUUGUGUAGCAUGCUAAACCCUGCCAUCAGCAACUUCACUGCAUUGGUUGCAGAAGAAACUUUUUUAAAACGUGCAAAUGAAUUUUGGUCAGAAUCUGGCUUUUGGGGGGGGGUGGGAGGGACAAGCCAUUUUUCUUUACUUUUUGCCCAGUACUUGUCCCUGUAUGUAAAUUUUUUGCCCUCCAAAGGUCUUUAAUUGGAAAGAUUGCAGAUGAGCAUGGAAUACUGUGGGAUACAAACGUCAUCGAUGUACCUUUUUUUUAUUUUAUUUUCUUGGCACUUUCGCCACUGCUCUUUCACAGGUCAGUUGUUCUAAGUGUAUCCUGACUAUUGGCUCUGGGAAGCAGUGACACGUGUACUUGCUUGAGUUUUGUAUUCUAUAGUAUUUUCAGUUUGCCUGCCUUGUAGCAUUUGCUGACAUUAUCCAGUCGCCUAUGUGAUUACUUUACUUUAGUCCCUGUACAUUGCUUUACCAUUUAGACCAGGAUGAAUUGUGCUUGGUAUUCUUCAUCCAAGUUUGUUGAGCUGUUGGCCAUCUCCAGCUUCAAAGUACUUGGGAGUCCCAAGACUUGUGAGAUGCGUUUUAUUGACUACAGUACAUGACAUAUUCUGAAUACCAAACUAUACUUCUAGCGGGUCUGCAGUUUUCCAGACUCCAUUUUAGCGAACUUUUUUUGGGCUUCAGUAAAUGUUAUCUAUUGUUAAAGGUUCUCUUCAUCCAAUUUUAACCUAUAGACUUUCUGGAAAUCAUGCAGCCCAGAAAUUAUGUUUUGAUAAGUUGUUCCAUAGCUAUGAACUAUUUGGUACUUGGAUUAUACACCUUUGGAUAAUUUAAGGUUAUAAGAUUAUAAUUUUUUUGUAUGCCGUUUCGUUUUCUCCUUUAAGACGCCGGGAAAAGCAUGCUCGACUUGACUUCCCGAUUUUAAGCCAUAACUUUCUUUCCCCGUAACUUGUAGGUUAUUUUACUCUCUCAUGCCAGGUGAAUGGUAGAGGUGUUCUUAAGAUAGAAUUAAUAAGUUUAUGAAUUGCACAUGCACUCUACAGCUGAUUCAAGGUACACCAUGCAGAUUUCUGAAGCACAAAUUUAUUCAAGUUUCAACGAGAAAAAUGUAAAUUUUGUGUAUAUUGUGUUUGAGUAAGGGUGACAGGGAGCCAAAGGCUGAAUUGGGUCGUCCAGGUUUAAAAAGAGCAUUUGCUUUGUUUUCCCAGUGACCUGUACCAUUCCUGUCCAUGGGCCAUGUCUGGUUUUGCAGCUCAUUCCUAUCCAGUUGAAUAGGGCAGAGCUGCAAUACCAGCCGAAGCCUGUGGAUAGGAGUGGUACUGUUUCUGGGGGGGGGGGGAAGGACAACAUGAGUAUCCUUUAGUAGGAAUGGCCUGCAGGGCCGCUAAAUCUACAAUACAAGUUGAUGCAAAAGGAAAAAGGGUUUCUUUAAUUUAGUUUUUUUUAAGUUUAAGGAAUACAUAUGUAAAUAUAAGCCCUUGAUCCAGAAUACAAACCCGUUGUUGACUGUUCUGUUGAUGCAUUUAUAAGUAUAGAGCAGGAUUUCUAGAAGACAACUUGUAUCAUUGCUUUGGUGGUCCUCUUCUUUCUACAGACAAACUUCAGCACUCUAGACAGCGUUGAACUAUGCUCAAUAUGGUGCUCAGCUAAAAGGUGCUGGCCACAUCUAAAACAAUUAUUGGAGUGCCAAAGCCUACCUGUCCCUACUGUGGAAGGUCAUUUUUGAAACCAAUAAUUCUAUCCUCUAUGUGGAGAGACAACCUUGACAGUGUCAGAACUUAAGAUAUCUGAAUAAACUCAAUACAAAGCCAUUGUACUCUCUGUCUGGCCAUACGUUUCCAAGUGGCUGGCCUCAUGAAAAUGCCUUUAUGGAACUCAAUAGUAACUCUGAUAUCUUCAGUUUUGGUGAGUUGCCGAAACAUUCGCAUAUAUAUAUAUAUAUAUAUAUAUAUAUAUAUAUAUAUAUAUAUAGAGUAUAUAUUUGUGAAUGUUGUUGUAGUUGCUCCUUUAGGUUUAGUUUACAUAGAGCUAGAAUUGUUGAAGUCUCCAGUCAUUUCCAGUCUCGACGGUUUGCUAUCCAUAUAUGUAGGCUUGGUCAUGCAUGGUUGUCUCUUUUUGGAUCCUGUUCAGGAUUUGUUUAGAAAUGGGCAGCAUUGUGCUCAUUGCCUAGCAGAGGCGAAACAUGCCAAAUUUUAUAUCCUUAAAUAAACAGCUUAAUGCAUCGAUAUUUACGACUCGCUGCGUCGAUUUCAGUUCAUAGUAUUUGUCACUAUAUGACUGCAUUAGCUGCCCAAUGUGCUGCUAUUUUUUUAUUCCUUUUUCAAACAACAUUAUGUUCAAUGUUUCUACAACAUUAAAAAAUGACUUUGCUAAACAUCAUUAAUUCUUUGGUCUUUUGUUGGGGGAGGAAAGGAUGGUUAGUGGUUCUUUUGCCUUUACAAGGCAAUUAAUAAAGUUGUGCCUCUGAAACUUUGAGCUAUAGCUUUGAUAAAGCUCUGUGUCUUGUUUUAAGUUGCUUUAAAACAUUGUAUUAGACCUUCAAACAAAAUAAAGAUUGUUUUUGAAAACUAA